AAGCAGGCAUGAAUCAGAAGGCUGUACUGAUCACUGGUUGUUCUUCUGGCAUUGGAUUGGCACUUGCUGUUCGUCUGGCCAAGGAUGAGAAAAAGAGGUUUAUGGUGUAUGCGACUAUGAGGAACCUGGCUAAACGUGAAGCUCUGGAGGAGGCGGCAGGUCGUACCUUGGGAAGCACACUGGAGAUCAAGCAGCUCGACGUGUGCGACGAGAACUCUAUCAAAGCCUGUGUGGACAGCCUGCCCAUGCGCAGAGUUGACAUUCUCAUUAGUAAUGCUGGAAAGGGAAUCAUCGGCCCCAUUGAGUGUCAGACCAUCGAUGAGAUGAAAUCAGUCAUGGACACUAACUUCUUUGGACUUGUGCGAAUCCUGAAGGAGAUUCUGCCUGAUAUGAAGAAGAGGAAAAGUGGCCACAUAGUGGUAAUCAGCAGUGUAAUAGGGAUUCAGGGUAUUUUGUUUAAUGACGUUUACGCUGCUUCCAAGUUCGCUGUUGAAGGGUUCUGCGAGAGCCUGGCAGUUCAAGCUCUGAGAUUCAACCUAAAUAUCAGCCUCAUCGAACCAGGACCCGUCAUCACGGAGUUUGAGCGUAAGGUGUAUGAGGAAGGAUUGAAGAUAGAUCUCUCCAAAGCUGAUAAAGUGACAGCAGAUAUGUUUACCAACAUCUACAUGAAGAAUUACAACCAGAUAUCAGAGAGUCUUGGACAAACUCCAGAAGAUGUUGCAGAGCACACAUUCAGAAUGAUUACCAUGAACAAUCCACCGUUUCGCCAUCAGACUAACCGUCUGUACACCCCCAUGACCACGCUAAAAUAUACGGAUCCAAACGGUGACUUUCCCAUCGAAACCUUCUACAAAAUGGUGUUUGAACAUGACAAGGUGUUCAAUGCAAGUCUCAAUUUCCUCAAGCUCCUGCGCUGGAGAAGCCGUAAGAGCUUCACUUUAGAAGACAAGAAUGCCUCUUAAAGAAUGUUCUGCCGGAGACCUGGGGGUAUUCCAGAAAAUGGGUUAAACAGUUGGGCAACCUAACCUUUUGGUUCCACAAACUGAGGAAAUGUUAUGGUAUGUAAAUAGCCAUACAGCAACUUACUCUCUGAACAUAACUUGCUCCGGAGCAGGAUAUAUUCCAGAAUUUGUUUGCUUCAGAUAAAUGCCGCUCAGCCUCAUAGGAAUUCUUGCCUUUUUGUUGAGUCUUCAGUGGGCCUGCUACAUGAGAGCAAGGAUAAUGCAUAAUAUUAUAAUUUUAUAUUUUUAUGUAAUGUAAUUUAUAAAUAAAAAAAUACAACUAACAUGCAUGUGAGAUAUAUCAAACGUUAUCACAAAUGUGGAAGUAAAAUGGCUAAAUCUAAAAAAUCUGUGCAUGCUGUAUGUAGCAGGGAUGUCUAAUAUUGCUUCUUGAGGGCAACUGUCCUCAAGCCAAAAAUUCAGGGAUUCUCCAACCCUGCUCUUGGAGAUCUGUCAUCCUGGGGUCAGUUUCCCAAAAACAAUAUGGUCAGGGAACCUGCGACAACAGUUGGGAUACAACAAUAGUUGGGAAACGCGUACCUGCAGGAACUCUACAGGAUGGUAGCUUGCUAGGAGUAGGGUUGGAGACCCUUGUGAUAAUAAUGAUCUAAGUUGACCAUUACACUUUGGCCAGUGGUAGAGAGAUGUAGAGGUGGGCAUCUCUUCAAAAUAAAAGGAAUAUUUAGGCUAAACUCUGCUUUAUGGUAGGCCUCCAGGAACAGGAUGGGACACCACUAGUCAUAAUACAGCCUUAAUAUCUUUUAUUUUAUUUUGCAUCAAUUCUGCAUCACUGAAGUACAGUGGCCUGCCAAGAAAGAGAAAAAGGAUGUGUUUAAAAAUAGACUGCAUAACAGUCAGUAAGUACCGAUGUGCUUCUUGGCGUUUAUUUUCAUGGAGUUUGUUUCAUGGAUUGAACACUCUGUCGAGAAUAUAUUUGUGUUCACCAUUAAGUCUGAGUUUUGAAACACAAGGCAUCACCUUGUUUUCUGGAAUAUCCCUAAGGACAACUGACCUGCAGUUCGGUUUAAAAUCUUUUCUUUAUUUAUAAAAAGAGCAAAUCAUACAGUCUUAUAUUUUAGCUAAAAGUUGGCAAAAGUUUGUUUAUACUAGUUCUGCUGUUAAUUG